AUGAAUCAUGCAAUCAAUUUCCCUACCAAUGGAUAUCCCGCCUAUCCACAAGCCGCCCUAGUGCUGGCUUCGAAGCUCGAUCAUCAUGAUCCGCAGAUCGUGGUUAAUGGAGGCACCGCAAAGCAGAAUACGAACAUACGCAACAUGCUGUUGGCCAACGCAAGUGGAGCGGAGAUUCUGUUGAGUGUCCAAACACACCAGGCUUCGAAGAAAGCUGGAAUUCAUCAGAUACUCGAUAAUCUCUCGGAGUUAUCGAUGGAAGAAUUACGCCGGAUAAUACGUGCGAACGAACGACUUCUACUACCGGUCUUGAAAGCGGAUGUGAACCUCAAGCGGAAGAUGUCCGAAGACCCUGACGAGGGGCCGGCUCCUUCUUCCCAGAACACCGAACGGCCGCACAAGACUUUGAAGGGAAAGAAACCGAAUCAAGAAAAGUCAGUCAAGGACACGUCGCGUGUGAUGCCAUAUGGAUGUCCUGGAAAUGGGGGCACGUGCCAAGAGCAUAAGAAAAGACGAUGGACAUCGAAGUCAAAGUUCUUGGACCAUUUCAUAAUGGAACAUCUAGGGGAAUACAAAAACACCGACUGUCGCGGAGGUUCUAACGGCUUCAAAUGUCUCCAAUGCGAGGAGAGGAACUCGUCCUUUUGUGUCAACACGGGAGUGAUCACAUCCUCACACAUACGAGAAGUUGCAAUCCACAUAUGGAACGACCAUAUGAUCCCUCGAACCACAAUGGUACAUGUCCAGACCCGCGAAGUAGGAGUGAAGGAUGAACCUAAAGAGUCCUUUGACAUCUGCUACAACGAACCCGGCGGCACCGAAAUUGGGGACGAGCUCGAAAGCUCUGUAACUAUGGACAAGGAUGAAGUAAAGCCCGGGGAGCCAUUGGGUACUCGAUACGAGCAGACCUGUGAUGGUGGACUCGACGCAUUCUUGUGUUGCGACAUUGGCAGCGACAUUGGCAGCGACUCCGUAAAUCUCGGAGAAUUUGACUUUGGAACCGAUGCCGUCUUCUCGGACUUUUUCGACCUCAAUGGGUAUUUCGGUGGCAUGGUGUUUGCCGUCUGA